AAAACUACGCACCGUCAACCUAGCAUUACAGAGCACAAAGAGAACCAACCUGCGAACAUAUCCAUUAACCGACAUACUUGCCAGCCUGUUUGACGAAUACAACUGUGAUGGCUUCCAGCUCGAUGCAGCUCGGUGCAGCAGAAAACAAAUCAAUUUUGACACCAAUCAUGACCUUGGAGGGACAUGGACUAUGGAAAUAUUCCUUGCAGGAUCCUGAGGAGUACAAACAUAUUUCGUGCAUUUCCUAUUUCUCCGACGGCAAGCAAAUGAUCAGCGGAUCAGGCGAUAAGACCAUUCGGCAAUGGGACCUGCGAGCCGGUAAGGAGAUUGAGGAGGCUCGGGAGGUUUGUGAGCAUGGUAUAGUAUCAGUGAUGAUAUCAAGGGAUGGUCGAUGGGUUGUCACUGCCAGCGAUGAGGAACUCAAAGUCAGUGAGGUUCAGACGGGGAUCGUGAGAACAUUUCACACUGGGAGAAUUACCUGCAUCGACAUCUCGGCGGACAGCACAUUGCUAGCGAGUGGGUCAUACAAUUGGAUAGCACGAAUAUGGAGCUUGCACACGGGCAAACUCGUGUCUGGUCCAUUCAAGUUUAGCGAUGAUAUUCCUGGCUUAAGAGAACUUGGACUCUCAAAAGACUCUCGGAAGCUGGCGAUGGUUCAGAUAUCAGAUCGAGCACACUUCCACUGCCUCCAGGUGUGGGACGUCCAAGCACAGAAGUUGGUUGUACAAAAAUCUAUCCCUAGCGUUUCGGAGUCGACUUUCCCGAUCUUAUGGACAACAAAACACGAAACCAUUAUAACCAUAUUCCAGGACGACCUCACUACAAUACAUGAGUUUGACGCAUCAACGCUCAAAGCCGUCGGGGCUCCUUUCCAACACACUUAUCGCAUCAUUAGUCUAGCACUCUCAUCUGAUUGUGUUCUCCUCGCCAGUUCUUCCUACGACAACACCAUCAAGCUAUGGACCUUCGAGUCCCGUCAGCUCCUCGCUUCAUUUGACGUCGAAUCCUCCAGAACUCUCGUCAUCUCGCCCGAUUCCUGCCAACUGGCUUACACGACCUUCCGUGACACCAAGAUCUAUAUAUGUAACAUUCCAGCCGAUAUUCUUACUACCAUUGAACUUGCAGAAGAACCGCAACCUAGUUCCAGUAAAUCUGGACGUCUAUCCCAUUCUGUUUUACUCGACUGACAAUAUCUGUCAUGUCCCCCAUCCCCCAAGCUUUACCUACCAGGGACUCACAUGUUCGCCUCCGCUUUCCACGCAAACUUUUUUCCUCCUCUUCUCGCACAGACGCGGUUCGCGCCGAUCAGCCUCGUAACCCCCUAG